UAAGGUACUCUGAUGAAAUAAAGUUUAGUUUGUUCGCACAUCCUGAAAAGUUGUGUGGUAUUUCCCAUUCUCAUUUCUCAAAACGCUGUGCGAAGGAGGGUUCGGUGUUUCGUAGUGAUUAAUUUAAUUAUAAAAAAAAAUUGUUUGUUGUUUAUUAUUCGGCUUUUAGCCCAGUUAUAUUAUGGUGUUAGCCGAGAAAAAUAGUGAAAAUGUGCGGAACGGACGCCGAAGCCGAGGGCCAAGCCCCAAUGGUCACGUACAAGCGGACUCUACUAGCGAGGAUGAGAGCACAGUUCCAGUGGAUAAAAUUAGAGUUGGGAGGGAUUAUCAGGCUGUAUGCCCUGAGCUUCAACCAGAGGCUCAGAGAAAGCCGGAACUCUUAGCAGAUCGGGCUUUGCUAGUUUGGUCUCCCACAGACACGAUUCCCGAUUCUAAAUUGGAGGACUACAUUGUACUUGCCAAAGACAAGUAUGGUUAUAAUGGGGAGCAAGCGCUGGGGAUGUUGUUUUGGCACAAGCACGACUUGGAUCGAGCAGUAUUGGACCUAGCUAAUUUCACGCCGUUUCCAGAUGAAUGGUCUGUUGAGGACAAAGUGUUGUUUGAACAAGCGUUCCAGUUUCAUGGGAAGAGUUUUCACAGAAUCCGGCAAAUGCUUCCCGACAAGAGCAUAGCAAGCCUCGUCAAGUAUUACUACAGUUGGAAGAAAACGAGAUCCCGUACGAGCUUUCUGGAUAAGCAAGCGCGAAAACUGAACAAUCCUAAGGAGGAGGGUGGAGAGGAGGCUGCCUCGGAAGGUGGUUCCAAUGAAGAAUCUGAUCAUGAUGACAAGGGUGAGGGUGGAAAAUGCUCAAACUGCAACGUCUUCUGUACGGUCACUCGCGUGACCACCAAGGGAACGCUUUGUAACUCCUGCUACCAACACUGGAGACGGACAGGCCUGUUGCGUCCGAUUUCGGGGCCCGUGGGCGGGCGACGGUCCGCCCUGCACGGGGCGCGCCACAAGCGCAAGCCGCCCCGCGGUAUGUACAUCAACCACGACGACCUAGCCACGAUGGCGUCCGGCAAUGCGGGCGUGUUGAUGCUUAAGGCAAUGGACCGAGAGCUUGAUUCCCUCCAAAGACAAAUUCAACAAAACAAACAGAACGUUAGCGGGUUAAAGCGCAAACACGGCGACACAAUAGAGGAGCUGCGGCCCAACGCCGAGACGACGCAACGAGUGAACUCUCGCUGGAGCAACGACGAGCUGAUGCUCGCCGUACAGGGUUUCCGAAAAUACGGCAAAGAUUUCAAGAGCAUCGCCGAAAUGCUCGGCAACAAGACCGAAAAUUACGUGCGCACAUUUUUCAUCAACCACCGCAAACGGUACAACCUCGAUCAGGUGAUCAAGGAGUGGGAAAAGGACAACGGUCCCGCCCAGGGGGCGGCGAAAGAAACGAAAAUGGAGACGGCGGACGACGACAAUGACGUCAUUUGUUUGUCGCCUAGCCCGCCCACCUCAAAUAAGAAGGAGCUGAAGAGUAGCGGGGGCAAGAUGACGGCCGCACAGAUCACCGCGAAAUGAUGAUGUGCUGUGAGGCACAGUCCGGUUUUUCUUUUAGUUGAAUUUUGAAAUUAGACCUGUUUUGUUUAUUACGCGCGCAUUUUGCCGAAAGAGGUCGCGCGAGGUGGUGGCGCCCCUUAGGAGAACUUUGACGCGCGCGGAAACUGAUAUUUUUCAUUUUCACUCGUCCAAUGCGGUUUUUAAUAAUUAUAUAGCCUACCUGUACAUAAAAGCAAAUCCAUUGCAUGACGAAGGCAAGUGUAAUACUUAAGGAUUGAUAAAUCUUAGCGUUGUAUAUAUAAUCAGGUUUUAGAUUUUCUUAGUUUUUACAAGUUGAAGUGAAAGUUCCUCGCAGAGCAUUAGACGUAUAAAACUGCUGCAUAUAAUAUAUAUAUAUAACGAUUAGUGUCAAGUCUCUGAGAGUGUUUAAUUUAUUUUUAGUAAUAUAUUGGUACGACAUAUAUGUAACCUUUUGUUUUAUUUGUGUGAAGUUUCGCUUAGUAAUGUGCCUCCUUCAGUAAUGGGCGAAUGUUCUUAGUUGACUGGCCCUCGAGAAGGGAAAACGAAUAAGUCCUUAUGGCCCGGAAAAAU